GCAUCUCCGGGGAGACGCGGCCUAGAAGUCACGGCGACUUUGAGCUGCCGGCCUGGAUCAGAAAUCCGGCAGGAUCGGGCCCCCAGGGGGUCCCCCGUCCAGCGCAGGAUCCUGCCCCCCCAAACGGGACGCGGACUCGAAGAGCCAACUGCUGCCCUUCUCCUUUGGCGGACAAAGGUAGACUGUCUCUGUCCAUGGAGGUUCCCUUCAAGGUUGAGCCGAGUUCGAGGGCAGGGAAGGAAGCUCACGGGGGGGAGCCAGGCUGAUGAGAGAGCCCGGAGGGCCAGAUCGGAAGCUUUUGGGGGCCGCAGAAGGCUUGAAGGUCCAAACCUGCCCCCCGGGAAGCAGAUCAAUCUUUAAAUCGGCUCGUAUGCAAGAGGCUCGAUCUCGGGAUUGCGAGUUCGAAUCCUGUAUUUGGGCAAAAAGAUUGGGGUUGGGAUGGAUGACCCUCAGGGUCCCUUCCAGCUUAGCAGUUCUAUGAUUCUAAUUGAUUAUUAUAAUUGAUAGAUAUAAUUAAUAAAUGUGCGUAACGCCCUUAAUCCGCUUUGAAAAGGGGCGAUUUGAUAGGGCCCCCGACUCCUCAUGUAUUGGGGCCAAUUUAUAUUAUUAUUAUUAUUAUUAUCAUCAUCAUCAUCUUCUGUGUUUGGAGCUGGAAGGCUCAGGAGGAAAACCGACACAAAUCCAAGAUGAUUGGAUGCCGGGAUCUGUGCUUGGCCAAGGCGGGUCUUGUGGCAGGGAGUUCCCCAGUUUACCCAAGCUGCAUCUCCCAACCUUCCGCUUCCCGGCAGGCCCACGAAUUCUGGUUUUGUUACCUGGGAGGCAGGAAGAGCUUUCGCCUACCAGGCAGCGGGUGCGAGAGGCGGGGCGGGCUGCGCAAUCCUUUCCUGAACGACUGCUUGGAGGUUAGAGCUGCUUCCGCAGGGGAGAUGCGAGGAGGAGGAGGAGGCCGUUGCAACAUGGCGUUGGCCAAGGACCCGGGUGCGGAUCCUGCCUCCCAAGUAGCUGCAUCAGGGAGAGGCGGCUGGCAGACUUAGGCGGUGCAUACUCUGCGUAUGCCCAGAGGCGCCCUUUUCUGGCAAGAGUAGAGGAAGCUGGCAUGCUCAGACAGCGCCCACACUGCGCAUGCCCAGAGGCACCCUUGUCCUUCCUUUGCUGCAAGGGGAGGGGCUGCUGGCAGGCUCGGGAUAGGCACACUCUGCGUAUGCCCAGAGGACCCUUUCCUUCGUUCCUUUCAAGGAGCGGAGCUGCACACUCUGCAUAUGCCCUGGGGCGCCCUUAUCCUUCCUUUGGCAGGCUUGGGCUGGGCGCACUCUGUGUAUGUCCAGAGGCGCCCUUGUUCUUCCUUUCAAGGGGGGGAGGAAGUUGGCAUGCAAGAGGAGAGGAAGUUGGCAUGCUCAGGCAGCGGCCGCUCUGUGCAUACCCAGAGGCGCCUUUGGUAGUCUUGGGCCAGGCACCCUGCAUAUGCCCAGAGACACCCUUUCCUUUCUUUCAAGGGGGAAAGCUGCACGCUCUGCGUAUGCCCAGAGGUGCCAUUGUCCUUCCUUUGCUGCAAGGGGAAAGGAGGCUAGCAGGCUCGGGCUGGGCGCACUCUGCAUAUGCCCUGGGGCGCCCUUCUUCUUCCUUUGCUGCAAGGGGAGGGGCGGCUGGCAGGUUCGAGCGGAGCCCGCUCUGCGUAUGCCCCGAGGCGCCCUUGUCCUUCCUUUGGCAGGUUCGGGAAGAGCUGCUCUGCGUAUGCCCAGAGGCACCCUUUUCUUCCUUGCUUUCAAGGGAAGCUGCCUGCUCUGCAUAUGCCCAGAGGCGCCCUUGUUCUUCCUGCAAGGGGAGAGGUGGCUAGCAGGCUCGGGCCGGGUGCACUCUGCGUAUGCCCAGAGUCACCCUUUCUUUCCUGUCUUUCAAGGGGGGAAGCUGCACACUGUGUAUGCCCAGAGGCACCCUUGUGCUUCCUGCAAGGGGAGAGGUGGCUAGCAGGCUCGGGCUGGGUGCGCUCUGCAUAUGCCCAGAGGCACUCUUGUCCUUCCUUUGGCAGGCUGUGUGCGCUCUGCGUAUGCCUAGAGACACCCUUUUCCUGCAAGAGGAGAGGCAGCUGGCAUGCUCCGGCAGCGCCCUCUCUGCGUAUGCCCCGGGGCGCCCUCCUCCUCCGCGGCUGCCCUGCCCGCCCGGGGAGCUGGGAGGCGGCCCUGGGCGCGGACCCGCCCGCCCUCCGGGCGCGGCCAAUGGGCUCCGGGGAGGCGCGCUCUCCGCCUCGGCGCGCCAGCCAGGCAGGCAGCAGCAGCAGCAGCCCAGGAAGAGGGAGCGGGCGCACGUGCGGACGGGGAAGGAGCAGCCCCAGCAGCCCGGCCAGGUAGGGCAGCAGCCUCGCCACGUUUCCUUACCCGCCUGCACGCCAUCCUGCCUCCUUCACACGGGACGCGUGUCUAGGUGGGGGAUCUGGGGUGGGGAGGAAGGUGGAACCCCCUCCAGGGUGUUGGGGGGGACGCAUACCAGAUGGGACUGAGGAGGAGGCAGUUGGAGAGGAAAGGGGGCGCAAUUGCCCCCUCGCACAAGAGUGGUGCCUAGUGGGUGGAGUGCCAAGGCUCCCCCCCGCCAAUUUCCGUGUCCUUCUCUGUUUCUCUCGCCCCGUUUUUGUGUUUGCGUUGCUUGGUUUGCUUAGAAAAAGGGAGAAAGAUAUUUUGUAUUUUCGUUUCGUAUUUGUAUUUUGUAUUUUUGUUUUGUAUUUUUCUCUAUAAGCCUUAAUAUUAUAUAUAAAUAUAAAUAUAAAUAUAAAUAUAAAUAUAAAUAUAAAUGAAGUCUUCCUCGCAGGGUCAUUGUCAGGGGAAAGGGAAGCAGGAGAGAUUUAUGGGGGCCCCUGGUGCCCCUUACAAAUCAUGGGGGGUGACGUCUAUGGGGUCUGGUGACCUCAGGGGGGGCCCAGGGUCCCCCCAGCGUUAAAAGGGGGGUAGCAGGCCCUCGUGCCCCCCUCCCCGCCCGCCCCCCAGCCUGCCCAAAAUGGUGAAAGCGAAAGAGGGGAAGUUUCUUCCUCUCCAGGGAAGAAAGAGCGAGGAACAUCUGCCCGGCACUCCAGAUGUAGAAGCAUAGAAGGGGAGGGACCCCGGGGUUAUCCAGUCCACCCCCCGGCAAUCUUGGUCUCGAACUCACAACCCUGAGUUUCAGGCUCCACCGACUGAGCUGCCCUGGCCAAGACGCCAGGAAGGAUUCACUGCGGGAGGGAAAAACCCCGCCUUCUGGGCCCAGUCUCAACUGGCAGCUACUGUCUUGCAAAGGCGAGUGUCUUGGGCAGAGCAGGGGGGGUGCUCUGCAUGCAGAAGGUCUGGGGGUCCGUCCCCAGGCAGGGCCGGGAAAAGACUCCCUGCUCAAAACUGUGGAGAGCUGCUGCUGCUGCUGCCAGCCAGUGCUGGCAGUGCUGAGCUAGGUGGGCCAGUUUCAGCUCCGUUUAAACCAACCGCCUGUUGACAAUAUUGAGGACCAGGGAAGGGCAGGUGCUUGGCAUGCGGAAGGUUCCCCAGGUCCAAACCGCGCAGGGAUCUCCUAGCGGGAGAGCUGCUGCCAGUCAGUGCAGGCUGUAUUCAGCUAGGCAGAGCAAUGGUCCAAGGCAGCUACCUCCGUUCCUUCAGCUUAUAUUCAGACUCAUGAGGACCGGCAUCUUGGAAAAGACCGGAGCUCAGCUGUCAAGCACCUUUUCUGAGUGCAGAAGGCCCUCCUCCUUCAAGGUAGGACAGCCGCUGCUGCCAGCCAGUGCGGGUGACGCAAAGCAGAUCUCCACUCCCUUGUUCACAGCGCUGAGGACCAGAAACUUUAAGAGCACCACCUUUGCCCAGCGCCAGAACAGGUGUUCUGCAUGCAGAAGGUCCAACGGUUUCGCGUCCCUUGUCACCCUGCCAGUCAGUGCCGACAACACCAGUGGAUAAGCCCUCUGUGUCUGCCGCCUUUUGCAGCGGCAACAGACCUGCACGACCUUCUGCACUCAGAGCGCCCGGCCUCUGCGUGUAAUAAUAGAAUGGCAUUUACUCUUGACUUUGAACAAAAGGCGAACUAUCCCGAUCCUCUGUUUUGGGGCCCUUUUUGCUCCCAAAUUCUGGUUUUUGCAGGGUUUCUGCGCAGGGGAAGAUGGAGGCUUGUUCCCUGACGCAGGAGGGAGGACAUUCCUGCCUGCCUUCCUUUUUAUUUAAUCUGGAAACGCUUUUUAUUUUUUCUCCGCAGCAGCGGGUGUAAGGUUUCAAAUCCUCCUGGCGAAACGGCUUUGGCAGGAGCGAGGAAAUCCUGCUCUCAAGUUCCAGGUCCGUUUUUCCUGCAGGCGCUCCCCACGUGCUCAGAGGCGCCCUUUGGGCCCCGUGCCCAGGCCUCUCGCACGCGGUUGGGGGGCAGCUCUGCUCCUUCGUUUCCUGGCUGUCAGGCUGGUCAUUCGGAGCCUCUCUGGACUUUUUACAGUCCUGUAAAAUGGGAACAGGCCCCGGGGUGUUGGGAACGGAGCAAAGAGGCCCAAAAAAACUGAGGCAGGACGAUGGAUCCAUUUUAUUCCUUCCUUGCAUUGACACGCCGGCCUUCGUUCUCCAAGGAGGUCGAGGCGGCAUGAGUAAUAAUAAUAAUAAUAAUAAUAAUAAUUUAUUAUUUCUACUCCGCCCAUCUGCCUGUGGUUCUCCCUCAUUUAAUCCCCACAACAGCCCUGUGGAGUAGGACGCUUGCGACUUAACAAUUGAGGAUCCGAACCCAGGUCUUCCUUUCGAUUAUGUCCAUAACGGUCUCCGCUUCAAUGCAGAACAGUAGAAACAUAAAUAUAAAAUACAAAUUUCCACUAUAGCCCACCCACCGGAUUCAGCUAUGCGGAAGGAUUAAUUCUGAUUAGGUUAUUUUCCCCUUUCGCAAACCGAAAUUCCCUUUUUUGCAAGUUGCCAUCUUUUAUUUUUAAGCGAUCCGUGCAUCCAGCUUUUUGAAAUUUGCAAAGCACCGCAUGCCUUGUUUCCCCCUCCGGAAGAAGCCAGAUCGUUGCUUUGCAUUGGGGAGGGGGCUGCUUGGCCGAUUCAGCCCCCCACGUGUGGGUCUAGGGGGCUGUGCCUUCAUCUCCGCUCCAGAUUCCCUUCCUUCGGCGCUGCAUCUUCCGGGGAGAUGGCCUUGGCAACAGACUCUCUCCUCCGGAUUGGGCCCGUCUCCGCAUCUCCCCCCCCCCGUUCCCUCCCCAGGCGUGGGCACACAGCCGCUCUGCCCCCCCUUUCCGAUCUCGCCUGCUUUGUUCGGAGGUGGUCCUUCUCUUCUUUGCAUCCAGAGCUUUUUUGCAAGGAGAGAGAGCGCAAGAGCUUGUCCGUCUGGUGCGGAAAGGAUUUGUGAGUAAGCCAUGCAGGGAAAAUGGGGGGCACAGAAAUAUGGGGGGACGGUGGGGGGGGGACUUUGCAUGCCCACAUGCGGCCGGUGAUGCCCUGCGCGUCGCAAAUCGCUUUGCCGUCUGGAAGGGAGACAGCAGCGCCCACAAUUUGCCAGGAUUUGAGCCCCAGAGCCCGUUUCCAGGAACUCGAAUCCGGAAGCAUUCCCUGCCUUGGGAAGCAGAAAACAACUGCUAGGGAAGGAGCCCCCCCCUCCGUUCUUUUCUGCCCCAAAUCUCCGUUUUGGUUUAAUUUCAUUGCAAUCCAAUGCUGGCGUUGCAAUUUGUUAUUCGGUGUAUGGCAUGUUGCAAUUUCCUCUUCGUUGCAAUUUUUCAUUCAUUGCACAGCGCUGGGAUUCCGCCGGUCCUAUCCUGCUUUUCAUCCUCCGAGGGGGCGCCCCGCAUCUUGCUUGCAACCCUGCGAGGUGGUUCUCCUGCUCCGGGUCCCUUAAGGGAGCCUCCCCUCACAGGCACAGUCUACCUGCCAUUGCCAAACAACAUCCGUUCUCUGGAUGCUGCGGGCAACAGAAACCCAGGGUGGACCUUUCUAAAAAGAAAGACAGAAAAUAUUUCCUCCCACGAUUGGGCCUUUCCUUCUAAGCCGGGGACCGCAUGCCCUCACGCGCGACCUUCCGAGGGCCGCAUAGCUGGGGUUCCCUCGGGGUUGGGCUGGAUGACCUUUGGGUUCCCCCUGUGCAGUUCUGUGCAGGAACCUAGAGCAACAGAUCCACGGCAACCGGGGCUGCCCUGAGCCCUGGGCUUGAUCCAGCCCCGACUCCCGCGUCGCGCCUCCAUCUCCAGGCUGGCGCAAGAGGGUUAAGCUCCUCUCCCGGCGUCCCCCGGGGGCCCAAAGCCCCACGCGCAGGGCUAGCGCCGCCUCCUCCCUCCAAGCCUCAUCCGGACUUCUCUUUCUUUGCCAGAGCUCAACAGCGGCGGAGGCGAGAGGUUUCCCUGGCACAGAGGACCUGAGCCUGGCAGAGGCUCCUCCAGGUAAGCCACGGAUCUGGGCCGCCCCUCGCCCGUCCCAAGGAGCCCCACAUAGCACCCAGAGGUGGGUCCACUCAAGGGGUCCGGCCCCCCGGCCUGUCCGGAGAGGCCGGUCUGCGUUUCAGACAGCUGGAUUUUAAAAUCCCGGCUCCCUGUGCCAAGCCAGGUCUUGGUAUGCCAGCUGUGUCCUCGCAUGCCCUCAGGGCACUCGCCCGGCCAGCGGAGCCUCAGUCUCCCCCUCUGGGAAAUGGGCCUGUUGCUUUUCGCUCAGAGGUUGUGCCAAGGGGUUUUCUGGGAGCUGGUUCUGGACGGUGGUUUUAAUCGGGGCGACCCGGCUGGGGCAGAGGCGCAGCCCAGAUUCCUGCCUUGCAGCGGGUUGGGCUAGAUGUCCGCCGGGUCCCUUCGCUGUCAACUAUUCUGGGAAUCAAGGGGUUGGACUGGAUGAUCCCUGGGGAACCCUUUCCACAAUUCUGCGACUUAUCCUAACAUUGGAAUGUUAGAAAUUAGGUGGUUUUGGCCACUGAGCACAAGAAAAACUUUGCUGCAGAAAGACUGUCUGCUGAAAAGGAUUGAUUUUGGAUGCUGAAACAUUAUUAUUUUUUAUGCUGGCUGAAGCCUUGUUCCUGCUUUGUCCCACACAGCAGGGCUGGUUUGCUUUUAAACCCAGGACAAUGCAGCGCUUGGAGAUUUCUAACGUAUGUUUAAAAAUAUAUACCGUAUAUAAAACUCUUGUGUUUCAUGUUAAUCCUUUAGGACUUUUAAAAGGUAUAAUGAUAUGACGGUUCUGAAGGGUCUGUCAGUAAAGCACCAAGGUAUUACAAAAAGGGAGGAAGGAAGGAAAGAAUGAAAGAUUAGGUGGCGAAGGAAGGAAGGAAGGAAGGAAGGAAGGAAGGAAGGAAAAUUAGGUGACAAAGGAAGGAAGGAAAAAGGAAAGAAAGAAAGAAAGAAAGAAAGAAAGAAAGAAAGAAAGAAAGAUUAGGUGGCGAAGGAAGGAAGGAAGGAAGGAAGGAAGGAAGGAAGGAAAAUUAGGUGACAAAGGAAGGAAGGAAAAAGGAAAGAAAGAAAGAAAGAAAGAAAGAAAGAAAGAAAGAAAGAAAGAAAGAAAUUAGGUGGCAAAGGAAGGAAGGAAGGAGGCAGGCCAGCACCCCCAUGUGGUUUUUCCUGGCCCGGCCGGCUUUGGCUCUCGCCUUCUUCUCCCCGAACCCAGGUCCCCGGGGUGCUGAGCGGUCCCCGCGAUGGGUGAGCGCCAGGCCCGCGCCAACAGCCUGUUCCUGAACGAGGAGGAGUCCAAGGCGCUGGGGCCGGGGGGCGGGCGGGCGCAGCGCCUGCGCCAUGUCCUGCGCAAGAGGGCGGCCCGGGCGCAGGCCAGGAUGUACGCCGUCACCCGGGAGAGCGUCCGCGGCUGCCUGCAGAGGAACGCCUUCGUCCUGCUCACCGUCACCGCCGUCCUUCUGGGUAAGGGGGCGCAACGGGGGGGGCUUGGGGGUCCCUGCGUAGCCUCAGAGGGGCGUCUUUGGGGUGCCAGGGGUCCCACCCGCAAAGCCCCUUGCCGUCCCGAGAAAGCCCUGAUUUUGCAAAGAGUGGACCGGCGGAACUCCCUGCUACGGUAUUUAAAAGAGGACCGGGGAAAUUUGCGGCGUGCGCGGCUUCUCCCAACCAAAUUGCAAUGGGGGAAACUGAGGCACAGCCCGGGAUCUUUGCCGGAGAGCGGCGGGCUCUUUUCGGAGAAAAGGGCAAUCGCCGGAUGAAAUCGCGAGCAGGAUUCGAAUCGUGGGCCGCUGAGCGAUCCCACCGCUUCUCUGAAAGGGCAUCGUCGCUAGGAAGACCCAGGCUGUGGGGUGGGUGGGUUAAGCCUCUUCCUUAACAUCUGACCCCCUCCAAGCCACAAGGUGACCACCCAAAAUGGACUCCCUCUGGGGUUGGGAUGGAUGACCUUUGGGGAACCCAUCCGAAUUCAAGCCUGGGGUUGCUUAACCCAGGAACCCAGUCAAAGAACUGCAGCCAGGGCAGCAUAAUAAUAAUAAUAAUAAUAAUAAUAAUAAUAAUAAUAAUAGCCUCCCCAUCCGGCUGGGUAAGGUUUGAGGUUCCACAUCUGCCCCCUGGAAAGCAGAUCAUGCGCUGCUUUCUUUAAAUCCGGAAUACGUAGCUCAGUCGGCGCGAGACUCGACCACAGGGUCAAGAGUUUGAAUGCUGCGCUGGGCAAAAGGGGGUUGGACUAGAUGAAUCCCAGGGAUCCCUUCUGGGAGAUCUGGGGAUCGGCCAGCGCCGGACGGGGAAGGCUGCCGCCCCGCUUUGCGUGUGUGGGUCAGAUUAAGCCGGUCACGAGCUGCUUGCAGGCUGACGCCAAACGGCUCCCGGUUCCUAAACAAAAUAAAAAUUAAGAAGAGAGAGAAAAAGAGCCAGAAAAAUUUGCGAGGAUUACAGAGGAUUGGGAGGAAAAAAACUCUAGCGAGCUGCAGAGAGGAGAUCUGCUUCGCUCUCUCCGCUUGCAAGAUCUCAAAAAAGAAUGAUACAUUUUUAAAAGUUUAUUUUUAAAACUUUACAAAAAUAAUUUAAAGUUUUGCAGUUUACAUUUCCUAAUCUGGUCUCUUUGCAGUUAAUCUCAAUUUCAUAUAUUUUCGUUUUUAUUCCUUCCCCAAAUUUGUUGCAUCCUCAUUUGGGAGUUAAUUGGCUUGGAGGGAAAGAACUGCAUGAAAACUCUCUAUUUUAUUUUAUUUUUAAAAAGGAAAAUAUUUAAGCUCUUCUUUAAAUAUCUCCCCACCUCCCCUUUCAAGUAUACACAAGCUGCACUUCCACAAAGGGAAAUUUUUAAUGUUUGAUGUUUUUAAUAUUCUAUUGGGAGCCGCCAAUAGAAUAUAUUAUUAUUAUUAUUAAGCAGGUCAAAGGUGGACAAAAUAACCAGCCAAUAUUCUUGAAACACAACUGAAAAUUCGAUAAAUAGUUUGGGUUUCGGAGCUCUGUGGGUCCACGUCCAAAUUGGCUAAAGAAGGGAUUUUAGUGACUUUUUAAAGUCCGGGACUCCGCUUCCCAUCAUCCCCUGCGAGUGCGUUCAGGGGACCAUGGGAGUUGUAGUCUGCCUCUGGCUCCGAGCUUCUCCGUCCCCGGCUGCACUCUGCCCAUGCCUCCGGGAGCUCUUGACCCGGGAGCGGAUCUCUGAGCCCCUCCUUCCGCCCCGCAGGGAUCACCCUGGCGCUGGCCCUGCGGCCCUACAAGCUCACCUUCCGCCAGGUGAAGUACUUCUCCUUCCCCGGGGAGCUCCUGAUGCGGAUGCUGCAGAUGCUGGUCCUGCCCCUCAUCGUCUCCAGCCUCAUCACAGGUGAGCGGAUGAGGGACGCCGACCCUGCCGGGCGGGCCAGGAGGGGAUCCUUGGCGCUUUUGCACGGGGGAAACGCGGGCGUCGAUAAAUGCGUGUCUGCGUGUCAUAUCAAUAUAUAAAUGUAAAUGUUUAAUGUUUAAAUAAACAUAAAUAUUUAAAUAUAAGCAAUUAAAAUCGGAUUUGGAUUUGAUGACUUAUAUUUAAAUAUUUGCUUUGAAUUUGAAUUAAAUUACUUGCAUUUAAAUGUUGAAUUGGAAUUUGAAUUUAAUGGCUUAUAUUGAAAUACUUUGAAUUUGUAAUUUGGAUUUCGUUACUUGUAUUUAAACCUUUACUUCGCAUUUGAAUUUCAUUAUUUACAUUUACUUCGCAUUUGAAUUUCAAAUUUGAAUUUCAUUACUUAUAUUUAAACAUUUACUUCGCAUUUGAAUUUCAAAUUUGAAUUUCAUUACUUAUAUUUAAACAUUUACUUUGAAUCUCAAUUUCAAAUUUGAAUUUCAUUACUUAUAUUUAAAUAUUUAUUUUGAAUUUGAAUUUCAUUACUUAUAUUUAAACAUUUACUUCGCCUUUGAAUUUAAAUAUAUUUAAAUAUAUAUUUAAAUAUUUACUUUGCAUUUGAAUUUCAUUACUUAUAUUUAAACAUUUUGAAUUUCAAUUUCAAAUUUGAAUUUCGUUACUUAUACUUAAAUAUUUAUUUUGAAUUUGAAUUUCGUUCCUUCUAUUUAAAUAUUUAUUUCAAAUUUGAAUUUUGUUACUUAUAUUUAAAUAUUGAUUUUGAAUUUGGAUUUGAUUUCGAAUUUGAGUUCAAAUCAAUAUCUAGUUUCCCCCAGCUUCUUUCUCUCUCUCGUCCCGCCCGGCAGGCAUGGCGUCUCUGGACAGCAGCGCCUCGGGCAAGAUGGGCUUCCGCGCCGUCGUCUAUUACAUGCUGACCACCCUGAUCGCCGUCUUCAUCGGCAUCUUCAUGGUCCUCAUCAUCCACCCCGGAAAAGGCAGCAAGGACGCCCUUCACCGCCAGGGCACCGUUGAGCAGGUCCACACCACCGACGCCUUCCUGGACCUCAUCCGGUGAGCGGGACCCCGGGGGGUCAUCCAGCCCAACCCCUGAAAGGCAGGGAUCCCAGCUGAACCAUCCUGGGCAGGCAGCCCACCAAAAUAAUCUGCUUUUCUUUCCCCCUUCUGUCCACAGGAACAUGUUCCCCCCGAACCUGGUGGAGGCCUGCUUCAGACAGGUAAGAGGGGCGGGUUCCCCGUCUCGCCCCAUCCAGUGUAGUGGCUCUGGCUCAGUCUUAAGGCUGUUGCUGCCGGCCUGUGUAGGUGAGACUGGUGGAGUAGGCAACAGUCUCCCGAGUUUGUAUUCAAUCAACCCCUUGAUUCGGAUUCAUGAGGACUGGAUUCUUCCUCGCUUGGACUCGGGGCUAGACCACCUGCCUGAAACCGUGGAGGGCCGCUGCUGCCGGUCCGUGUGGGCCAUAUUGAGCUUGAUGGGUCGGGGAACAGAUUCCUGAGUCUGUAUUAAAUGAGUCCCUUGAAUCUGAAUCAUGAGGACUGGAUCCUUCUUCUCUUGGGUCAAGACUAGACCAACUGUGUUGGGGGUCUGAAACGCUGGAGAGCAGCUGCUGCCAGCCAGUGCUGGCACUAUUGCGCUCGACAGGCCAGGCAGCAGUUUCCGGAGUUUGUAUUCAAUCAACCCCUUGAUUCGAAUUUGUGAGGACUGGAUCCUUCCUCCCUUGGGCUCAGUACCAGCCCACCUGCCUGAAACCCUGGCGAGCUGCUGCUGCCAGCCAGUGCAGGCACUAUGGAGCUCUAUGGGCAGCUUUCCUGGUUUUGCCUCAAAUCAAUACUCUGUUUUUCCUCUCCCCAGUACAAGACCCAGUACAGCGUCAGAGUCGUCAACCGGACCCUGGCCAGGGGAGCCCCCACCGCCGCCCCCCAGGCCUUGCCCCACAACGGCAGCAGCCCCACCGCCGCCCUGGCUUCGCCCCCCUCGCCGCUGCUGCCGCCUGAGAACGCCACCGGCGUCUGGCGCAACGUCUCCCAGGCGCUGGGCGCCCUCCCGGAGGUGCUGAGCUACGAGGAGGUGGUCCCGGGCGCCGGGUCGGUCAACGGCGUCAACGCCCUGGGCCUGGUGGUCUUCUCCAUCUGCUUCGGCCUGGUCAUCGGCAGCAUGAAGCAGAGGGGGCUGCCCCUGCGGGAGUUUUUCGACUCCCUCAACGAGGCCAUCCUCCGCAUGGUGGCCGUCAUCAUCUGGUGAGCGUCGAACCCGGGGAUCUCCGGGUCGCGGGUUCUUUCCCCCCCCCAAAUGCUUCUUGUUGAGAUUUAAGAACACCAACCAACAAAAACAUCAAGUCUUAUUACAUAUUAAUAAUAAUAAUAAUUUUUAUUUAUACCCCGCCCUCCCCAGCCAAGGCCGGGCUCCCCAGCGGCUUACAAGCAAUAAUAAAAACAAGUUGAAGGAUUACAACUUAAACACAAAGUUAAAAUACAACAUUAAAAUAAUGGAACAUUAAAAUAUUAAAAUGUAGCCUCAUCGCAGGAGGAGAAGGAAAGGAAAAAAGAAAGAGGGGGAGGGAAUUAAAAUUGAUUCCAAGCCAAAGGCCAGGCGGAACAACUCUGUCUUACAGGCUCUGUGGAAAGAAAUCAGAUCCUGCAGGGCCCUGGUCUCAUGAGGCAGAGCGUUCCACCAGGCUGGGGCCAGAGUUGAAAAGGCCCUGGCUCUGGUUGAAGCCAAUCUAACUUCCUUAGGGCCUGGGACCACUAGGGUGUUGCUGUUUAUGGACCUUAAGGUCCUCCGUGGGGCAGACCGGGAGAGGCGGUCCCGUAGGUACGAGGGUCCUGGGCCAUGAAGGGCUUUAAAGGUCAAAAGCAGCACCUUAAACCUGACCCUGUACUCCACCGGGAGCCAGUGCAGCUUGAAAAGCACUGGGUGAAUAUGCUCCCAUGGCAGAGACCCCGUGAGGAGCCUCGCUGCAGCAUUCUGCACCCGCUGGAGUUUCUGGGACAGCUUCAAGGGCAGCCCCGCGUAGAGCGAAUUACAGUAGUCAAGCCUGGAGGUGACCGUCGCCUGGAUCACUGUGGCCAGGUCGGGGCGGGAAAGGUAAGGGACCAACUGCUUGAUGCGGCGAAGGUGGAAAAAUGUCGCCUUGGCUGUUGCUGUAACCUGCGCCUCCAUGGAAAGGGAGGCGUCAAGGAUUACACCCAAACUCUUAACGGAAGGCAAUGGCACUAAUUGGGCCCCCGCAAGAGAAGGGAGUUGGUCCCUCAUCCCCAUGCCAUCUCGAACCAGCCAGAGGACCUCUGUCUACGAAGGAUUUAGUUUCAAUCGGCUCCCACGAAACCAUCCAGCCACAUCUUCCAAGUAUCUGGUCAGUGUGUUCGAUAUAUUACAUAUAUCCUACUUUAUGCUCCAUAGAGCCGUUGACUUCCGUCCUUCCCUUCCGCAAGUUUUCUUAUUCCAAUCUGUAAUUCACAGUUGCAUUGGUUCAAAAUUACUCCGGGACAUAAGAUUUAAUUCAGUCCUGCCAACGUUUUCAUAUUCCUACAGUUCUCACUUAUAUAAACCAUAAAUUUACUCCAUUCUUUUUGGUACUUCGUCUCCUCCAAAUUCUGUGAAUUCUGUGUGUCAAUUUUGCCAUUUCAGCGUAUUCAACCAGCUUUAUCUGCCAUUCCCUUACAGUCGGAAUCUCCUGUAACUUCUACUUUGGGGCCAUCAAAACUCUAGCUGCUGUUGUUGCAUACAGAUAUAAUCUUUGGUCUGUCUUCUUAAUAUCUUCUCCCACAAAACCUAGCAGAAAUUCUUCCGGCUUUUUUGGGGGGGGGAAGCCGGGUCACGGGUUCGAGUUCUGAGUCGGGCGUUGCAGCGGGUUGGGAUGGAUGACCCCUAGGGGCCCCUCACGACUCUACGAUUCUACAAUCGGUCUACGACUUCAGGGCAGCCCAGUCAGUAGAGCUCCAGACCCCCUUCCUCUCGGCGUUGUGGGUCUGAGCCCCACAUGGGGCAAAGUCGGAAAGGGGUCCAGCCCCACCUCCUUGCAUCGCAGGAAUCGUUCGCCCAACUUCAGACUCGAACCCACCACCCUCGUUUUAAAAACCUCAUGCUCUGCCAACCUCAAGGCAGUUUACCAAAAAUAACACAAAAUAAAAUUCAAAGCCGUUUGCAAAAAAACAAAACAAAAUUCAAAGCAGCUUACAAGAAACAAAAUAAAAUUCUCAGUAAAAAGAACUGCUUCAAAAAAAAAAAGAAUUAAAAUCAACCUGGUGUGCUGGUGCUGCCUGCCAGUGCAGACAGCACUGAUCUCAGUGGCCCGGCUAGCCGCAAGGCGGAUUCCUUCGCCCUCAUGAGCCUUGCUUUGCUUCCCAGAGGCCCACAAGCCACAAAAAUUAAAAUGGCGAUUAUGAGAAGCUGGCUGGUCCUGAUCCCCCUUCUUCCCGCCCCCCAGGUACGCCCCCAUUGGGAUCCUCUUCCUGAUCGCGGGCAAGAUCCUGGAGAUGGACGACCUGGCGGUGAUAGGGGGCCAGCUGGGCAUGUACACCCUGACGGUCAUUGUGGGGCUGCUGGUCCACGGCCUCCUGGUCCUGCCCCUCAUCUACUUCGCCGUCACCCGCAAGAACCCCUGGCGCUUCGUGGGGGGGCUCCUCCAGGCCCUCGUCACCGCCUUCGGGACCUCCUCCAGGUAAGCGGGCGCCAGCAGACGCCAAGGGGACCGCCGAGGGCCGUUUCCGGGACCCUGGGGGCCGGAUUCCCGGUUGGGGGGGUGUCGCCCUUCCUGGCACCCUGAACGGAUCAGGCCCAGCGCCGGAUUUACGUAUCAGCUCAACAAGCUCUAGCUUAGGGCCCCACUCACUUGGGGACCCCAAAAAAUUUAAAGGGGGAAAACCUGGAUGUACAUUUCCAAAAUAAAAUCUAUCUAUCUAUCUAUCUAUCUAUAUUUCUAUCUAUCUAUCUUUUGAUCAAUUGAUCAUCUAUCUCUAUCUAUUUAUCUAGUCUAUCUAUCUAUCUAUCUAUCUAUCUAUCUAUCAUCUAUCAUCUCUCUCUCUCAUCUAUCUAUCUGUCUGUCUGUCUAUCUUUUGAUCGAUUGAUCAUCUAUAUCUAUCUAUCUAUCUAUCUAUCUAUCUAUCUAUCUAUCUAUCAUCUAUCUAUCUUACAUCUAUCUAUCAUUUCUCUCUCAUCUAUCUGUCUAUCUAUCUUUCGUUAGAUUGAUCAUCUAUCUAUCCAUUAUCUAUCUAUCUAUCUAUCUAUCUAUCUAUCUAUCUAUCUAUCAUUUAUAUUUUGAUCAAUUGAUCAUCUAUCUUUAUUUAUCUAUCUAUCUAUCCAUCUAUCAUCUCUCUCUUUCAUCUACCUAUCUGUCUGUCUGUCUAUCUAUCUUUUGAUCGAUUGAUCAUCUAUAUCUAUCUAUCUAUCUAUCUAUCUAUCUAUCUAUCUAUCUAUGCCAGUGCCAGAUUUGUGUAUAAGCUAAGCAAGCUCUAGCUUAGGUCCCCACUCUCUUGCGGGCCCCCCAAAAAAAAUUAAAGGAAAAAAACCUGGAUGUCCAUUUCCAAAAUAUAAGAUAAAAAACAAAUAAAAUAAAGCCUACAUCCAGCACCCGUGUUUUGUGUUGUGGAGGCUCCAAGGAUGUGAGUCAUGGGCCCCACCUGCUAGCCUGUUCCCUAAAUAUCACUGCUUUGCUCCUUUCUACAUAUAGGGUGCCGACAUUCUGCAUGCACAAAUGUGCAAAUCUUUAAUCAGAAAACGAGCUUGCUCCCUUAAACCCUUUAAGAUUGCUCAAUUUUGGGGGGAGGUUUUGCAAAAAAAAAGGAAAAAGAAAAAAAGCAACCUUUGUAUCCCAAUUUUCACUUCCUCUGGGGGAAAGGAGCUGCGGGUGCGAAGCCCCUUCGGACCUGGACCCCGGGGGGGGGGUGAGGGUGGUCUACUCUGAGUAGGGUUUCAGGCUGGCUCACCCCGGGGCCGCCCUGUCCUCCCUCCCGCAGCUCGGCCACGCUCCCCGUCACGUUCCGGUGCCUGGAGGAGAACAACGGCGUGGACAAGAGGGUGACGCGCUUCGUCCUGCCGGUGGGCGCCACCAUCAACAUGGACGGGACGGCGCUCUACGAGGCGCUGGCCGCCAUCUUCAUCGCGCAGGUCAACAACUACGAGCUGGACUUUGGGCAGAUCCUCACCAUCAGGUGCGGGUGCAAAAGAGGGGCUCUUUCCUUCCAUCCUUCCUUCCUUUCUUUCGUUCUUUUAAAAAUAUUUAUUAAGUUUUCCAUUUUAUUUACUGUAUUUUUCCAUGUAUAAGACUAGUUCCCCCCAAAAAAAUAAUAAUGUCCAAAAUUUGGGGGGUCUUAUACACGGAUAGAUCUUUCCCCAUUUUCUUAAAUCAGUCCCCCAAAAUAGGGGACAUAUUAUACAUGUGGUCGUCUUCUAGACAGAAAAACACGGUAAUUUCCCAUCUAUUUCUCCCUUUUCCUGACGCAUUCCAAAUUGUGAGCGCAUUUUGAGCCCAGUGCUCAAAGGGACCCUUUGGCAUCUUGGCCAAGGGACCCCCAAGGGACAUCUAUCCCAACCCCGAAUCCCCAUCUCACCCAACUCCCUCUCGCUCUCUGCAGCAUCACCGCCACGGCCGCCAGCAUCGGGGCGGCCGGCAUCCCCCAGGCGGGUCUGGUUACCAUGGUGAUCGUCCUGACGUCCGUGGGGCUGCCGACCGAAGACAUCACCUUGAUCAUGGCGGUCGACUGGUUCCUGUAAGUCCCCGCGAGGCGGGAAGGGGUGACGCUGCCUGCCUGGGCUGGAGGGAUCAUGUUUAUUUAUUUACUCAUUUAUUUUUCUAAAAUCAUUUUUGUUGGUUUUACACAUCAUCACGUUACGUCACAUCAUAUCCUCCUAUUUUAUCUCCUUGGCUCAACUGAGCCCAACGGUUUCCCUCCCUCCCGUCUGACGGUUUACAAAAUCAAACUUUCCAUCUUUCCAUUUCGCUUCGUUUCCCAUCCGUGUUAAACCACGACCUAAAAUAUUGUAUUACUCAACCCUGAUAGGUAGCAAUUUCAUCUUGCAAAUCUUCAGAUAACCCUGCUAACGAUGUUGAUUGCUUACAGUUGUCUUUCAAAUAGAGUAGAAUAUAAUUUAUUUUUUAAUGAGAUUUUGCAGAUAUCAAUCGUGAGGCUUUCUUGACAGCUUUGGCCCCAAAACUGCACCUGCGGCCUUGGAGAAAGUCAGAGAGGCAGCUUGUUUCUCAGGGAAUGACCCCAAGUUUCUAGUCCUCAGGGUCCACUUGAAAUAGGAGCAUAGGGAGCUGUUUUAUAUCGAGUCUGCUCAGUAGAAGGGGACCCCAGGGGUCAUCCAGCCUGACCCCCCUGCAAUGCAGGAAUCUCAGCUAAAGCAUCCAUGGCAGAUGACCUUCCAACCUCUGCUUUAAAAACCUCCGAGGAAGGAGAGUCCACCACCUUCCAUCCCAAACAGCUCUGACUGCCGGAAAGUUUUUUUCCUGGAAUCUCCUUUCUGGGAACUUGAAGCCACGGGUUCGAGUCCUACCCUCUGGAGCAGCAGAAAAUAAGCUUGUUCCCUCUUCCAUGUGAGAAUUAGAGGAUGGCUCUCCUGUCUCCUCUUUUUCGGGCUAAACACACCCAGCUCCUUCAACCGUUCCUCAUAAGGCUCAGUUUCCUGACCCUUGAUCCAUCUUGGUUGCCCUCCUCCGCACACCUUCCAGCUUGUCAACAUCCUUCUUAAACUGCGAUGGCCAGAACUGGACACUGUAUUCCAGGUGUGGCCUGACCAGGGCAGAAUAAAAAGGUAAAGGGACCCCUGACCAUUAGGUCCAGUCAUGGCCGACUCUGGGGUUGUGGCGCUCAUCUCGCUUUACUGGCCGAGGGAGCCGGCGUACAGCUUCCGGGUCAUGUGGCCAGCAGGACUAAGCCGCUUCUGGCGAACCAGAGCAGCGCAUGGAAACGCUGUUUACCUUCCCACCGGAGCGGUACCUAUUUAUCUACUUGCACUUUGACGUGCUUUUGAACUGCUAGGUUGGCAGGAGCAGGGACCGAGCAACGGGAGCUCACCCCGUCAUUGCGGGGAUUCGAACGGCCGACCUUCUGAUCGGCAAGCCCUAGGCUCUGUGGUUUAACCCGCAGCGCCACCUGCAUCCCACAGGGCAGAAGAGAGUGGGAGUAUGCCUUCCCUUGAUCUCGACACUAGACUUCUGUGGAUGCAGCCUGGAAUAGCAUUCGCUUUUUUUGCUGCUGCAUCACACUGUUGAUCCAUAUUAAGCUUGUGGUCCACUAAGACCCCUAGAUCCUUUUCACAUGUCCUGCUAGUGAGCCAGGUAUCUUCCAUCUUAUACAGAUGAAACUCGAAAAAUUAGAAUAUCGUGGGAAAGUUCCUUGAUUGCCAUAAUUCGACUUGAAAGGUGAAACUAAUAUAUGAGAUAGACUCGUGACAUGCAAAGCGAGAUAUGUCAAGCCUUGAUUUGUGAUAAUUGCAAUGAUCAUGGCACACAGCUGAUGAAAACCCCAAAUUAACAAUCUCAGAAAAUUAGAAUAUUCAAGGAAAUCAGCAAAACAAGGAUUGCAAAUCGAGCGAGAUUGGACCUCUGAGAAGUAGAAGCAUAUCUCGCUUUGCAUGUCAUGAGUCGAUCUCAUAUAUUAGUUUCACCUUUGAAGUUGAAUUACUGAAAUCAAGGAACUUUCCCACAAUAUUCUAAUUUUUCGAGUUUCACCUGUAUUUGUGCAUCUGGUUCUUCCUUCCAAAGUGCAGAACCUGACAUUUGUCCCCAUGGAAAUUCAUUUUGUUUGGGUCCAGUUCUCACAUUGAGGUCCCGUUCAGCUUGCGGUCCACCCAGACCCCCGGAUCCUUUCCCCCCCCAUCUUAACCGCCGCCCCGUUUCUUCCCCCAGAGACCGCCUGCGGACCACCAUCAACGUCCUGGGCGACUCUCUGGGCGCGGGCGUGGUGGAGCAUUUGUCGCGCCACGAGCUGGAGUUGCAGGACACCGACCUGGGGGGCGACUCGGGGGCCGAGGAGAACGAGAAGCCCUACCACUUGAUCUACCCGGAGAACGACACCCACAAGCACCUCAGCGGAGAGACCGCGAUGUGAUGGCGCCCAGGAGGGGCCGGCGGGCGGGCAGGGGAGGCGGCCGGGGGCCAGUGGCAGGCCUGUCUGGAUCGGAGCCAUCGACCGACUGUGAAAUGCCGAGAAGAGGCGCAGCCAUCAUCCGUAUCCCCUUCCCCAAAUUCUUCCCCCUCUCCCCAUAUUCUGAUACAUCAUUACAGGCCAAAAACGAGAGCAGGCAGCGACGGAUCUCCAACGGUGACAAUUUUGCACGAAAGGAUCAGGAUUCGAACUCGCGCCUCUCUCUCUCCGCUGCAGCGCCUCUUCUUUCUUUCGAUCGCGGGGGUUUCCACAUUAUUUAAAUCCGGUGCCAAUGUUCCUUUUUUGUGUUUCCCACCCCCUCCCCGAAUCAUGCUCAUCCCCACUCCAAAAAACAAACACUCGUCUUUCCAACACUUGAAGCAAAACACACUUUUUUUGUAAAAAAAAGAAAGAUUGUAUAGAUGUGAUGCUUUACUGGCGUGGAAAAUAAACGCUGUUUAUUUAUGAUGA